CUCGCGCGUGGAAGUGAGUGACUAAGAGUGAGGUGUGGGUGAUUGUCUAUCUAUGCGCUGAUGUUCACCAAUCACUACCAAAUGUUCGCCAAUCACCACUAAUAUUGAUCCAGUUGCCCUAUUUCAGUGAGUCUGAUCAUGAUGUGUCAUUGAUGUAGAAAAAAACCGUACUCAAUCUCUUAUUUUUCACGAGCAGAAUGUCUUUUGAUUCUACAUUUGUAACUGAGAUCUUGCGAUGGAGAUAUGCAGCUGCCCUGGCAUCGGUUCUUCUUGUCCAAGUUGUUCUACCUUCUUUCGCAUGUGGCAUUUUCAAGACUUUUUUUGUGCUACAGGUCUGGCAUCCAGUAACUGUGGUGCAAGAACUCUGGCAGAGCUCUUGGAUAUCUGGACUGUUCUUGCCCACCCUCUGUUACCUCAUCCUUGUCAGGGUUCAUGUGCACAACUACUCAGUUGUGGAGGACCACAGCACCAAAGUAUGGCAUGUGUGCCACAAGGCGCUCAGACUGAAGUCGCUGUGUGUCACUGCCGUGCUGGUGUCCUGCAUCAGCUACCUCACGCAUCACUAUGCUGCUGCUGCUCAUCCUCUCUUCGCUUCUCUUGUACUCCCAUGCUCUAGUUCUGGAAGCGCAGCCACGUGCAUGAAUUCGCGCGCCCUGCUCGCAUGGUGUCUGGGCGUCGUCUGCGGGCUGCACUACGCCUUUGUUUACAUUCUCGGUGGCGGCAACCUCGUCACCAUGGCAACCAUCCCCGCCCCCAAGAAGCAGAGGCUGCGAGCUCUGUUGGCGCCCAGCGCUCUUGGGAGGAGGAUGCACGCUGCGUUCUGGGGAGAUGGCGAGAAUGAACCUCACCUCGCAGGCAUUGGCAUCAGAGGUGUCAUGUCCUUAGUUAUCUGCUAUGCUUUUAUUGGGGGGAUGCUUGAGUCUUGGGUAGGCAACGUCUUGGGGAUUAACCCCAGCUCUGAGCUCCCCCAUGCUGAUGCUCUCACCUCCGACUUCAAUUCAACGGACAAUAUUCCUGCUCUCAAACAAGAACUUGCAUUAAAUUGCGACAUAUAG